CAGGUCUAAAACAAGAUGGAGUCAGUCCGGAGAGGUAGAUCGUCAAACAUCCUUGAAAAACCGCUCAGUAAAGGGCGGAAUGAGAUAAAUGUCAGCACUUUUGGCUUGCUGUUUUCGGAGAUGGUUCAGUAUUGCCAAAACAGAGUUCACACUGUACCGGAACUUCAAACCAAGUUGUCAGAAUUAGGCCAACAAGUUGGUUCCAGAGUGCUUGAUGUGUUGGUGUUGAGAGAGAAAGGAAUGAAAAGGGAAGUGAGAGUACUAAACAUUCUCCUUUUCAUUAAAUCAGUUUUGUGGAAAUCCUUAUUCGGCAAAGAAGCUGAUAAGUUGGAGCAAGCUAAUGAUGAUGACAAAACAUAUUAUAUAAUUGAAAAAGAACCUCUUGUCAAUAAGUUUAUCUCAGUUCCAAAGGACAAAGGAAGCUUGAACUGUGCAUCUUUCAUUGCUGGCAUUGUUGAAGCUGUGUUACAUGGAUGUAAUUUUCCUGCUAAAGUAACUGCACACUGGCACAAAGGAACAACUUUGAUGAUCAAGUUUGAAGAGUCAGUGAUACAGAGAGACAAGUCAAUGGAUGGAAGAUGAGAUAAUUAACUGUAAAUAAUUCAUAACAUCGACAACACUGUGAAAAAAAAAUUGAGUGUUCAGUAGGAAAAGAAUUAAUUAAAGAGGUUAGUUGUGAAAAUAGCCUUUGGUUGUGUCAAUUUGCUUGUCAUCUAUGACACAUUCAUCAGGUGACAGAAAUGUUUAUACCAUAUCUCCUUGAGUAAGCACCUGGAUAUUUGUUUAAACAUUCAGCUCAGUAGAGGUGCUUAUUUGAAGGAGGGCGAUUGCUGUUCUCCAGCACUGAUUCCAUUCUAGUUGAAUCUUAAAGAGUUUUAAAUAA